AUGAAGUCGACGGAAAUCAUUUAAAAUUUGUUUGUUGCAGAGGGAAAAGUCGAGGUAUCUAGAGAAAACAAGUUUCUAAGCAUCCUCGACGCCGGUAAGGUGUUGGGCGAGCUGGCCAUCCUCUACAACUGCCAACGUACUGCCACCAUCAAAGCUCAUUCGGACUGCAAGCUAUGGGCCAUCGAGCGACAAUGCUUCCAGACAAUCAUGAUGCGGACGGGCCUCAUCAGGCAGGCCGAGUACACGGACUUCCUGAAGAGUGUACCGAUCUUCAAGACCCUCCCGGAAGACACCCUGAUCAAGAUAGCGGACGUGAUGGAGGAGACGGCGUACGCCAACGGAGAUUACAUCAUCAGACAGGGUGCGAGAGGUGACACCUUCUUCAUCAUCAGCAAGGGCAAAGUGAAGGUCACCAUGAAGAUGGACGACUCCAACGAAGACAAGUACAUCAGGACGCUCGGUAAAGGGGAUUUCUUCGGCGAGAAAGCCUUACAGGGAGAUGAUAGAAGAACUGCCAACGUGAUAGUAGAUGAUCCUGAGGGAGUAACAACUCUUGUUAUUGAUCGUGAAACUUUCAAUCAACUCAUAUCAAACUUAGAUGAAGUUAGAACGAAAUAUAGAGAUGACGGAAUUGACAGAAGAAGGGUGGACCAAGAAUUCGCCAACGUGAAACUGAAAGAUCUCAAGGUGCUAACAACCCUUGGAGUGGGCGGUUUCGGCAGAGUCGAGCUAGUCCAAAUCCAUGGUCGGCACUCGAAAUCGUAUGCGCUCAAGCAAAUGAAGAAGGCCCAGAUAGUCGAGACGCGACAACAGCAGCACAUCAUGUCUGAAAAGGAGAUCAUGGGCGAAGCGAAUUGUGAUUUUAUUGUUAAGUUGUUCAAGACGUUCAAAGAUACCAAAUAUCUGUAUAUGCUGAUGGAGAGUUGUUUGGGUGGAGAGUUGUGGACUAUUUUGAGGGAUAAAGGACACUUUGAUGAUGCUACAACAAAAUUCUACACUGCCUGCGUGGUCGAAGCCUUCGACUACUUACAUUCGAGGAACAUCAUCUACAGGGACUUGAAGCCAGAAAAUCUGUUGCUGGACAAUUUCGGAUACGUGAAGCUAGUUGAUUUUGGAUUUGCCAAGAAGCUUCAGACUGGUCGCAAAACGUGGACCUUCUGUGGUACACCUGAAUACGUGGCGCCGGAAGUUAUAUUGAAUAAAGGUCAUGAUAUAAGUGCAGACUAUUGGUCACUGGGAGUUUUGAUGUUUGAGCUGUUGACAGGCACUCCACCAUUUACAGGCUCAGAUCCAAUGAAAACAUACAAUAUAAUUCUGAAGGGUAUAGAUGGGAUUGACUUUCCUAGAAAUAUCACCAGAAAUGCACAAGCUCUAAUAAAAAGGUUAUGUAAAGAUAAUCCAGCCGAACGAUUGGGAUACCAAAAAGGAGGAAUAAGUGAUAUUCAAAAGCACAAAUGGUUUGACGGAUUUAACUGGGAAGGGCUUUGCAACCGUACUCUCACUCCACCAAUCCUACCUAUGGUCCAAACUGUCAUUGACACCUCUAACUUCGACAAUUACCCACCUGACGCAGAUGCUCCACCUCCUGAUGACGUAACUGGUUGGGACAUCAAUUUUUAGGAUUCUCCAAAUUUAGGUUUUCAAAUUUUCUAGAUGAUAUUCAAAUUAUUGGUCUGAAGCCCGAGAGUGCCUUAUUUAUAUGUGGAACGCAAACUUAUACAGGUUAUUUUUUUGAAUAUUUUAUUGUUACUGUGUUAUUCAGAAAGAUAUAUUCGUCUGUUAAAUGUCUUAAGAUAUAUUUUUAUAAUGUAAAUUUUUCAUGAUAAAGUGCCAAUACUUUUAGCAACAUUAGGUUAAGGAUGAACGUGACAAUGGAAUUGGUCGAUUUUCAGAAAAAUAUAUUGUUUUCAUUUAUUCAUAACAAAAAAGUCAUGUGUCGACCUAAAAAGUACUAGAAAUUUGAUUUCUUCAAAACAACUUGGGACUCUUUUCAUUAUCCAAUACCAAAAUAUGUGAAUAAUAUCCUCCAGUUUCUGAAAAAAUCACACUGAAAAUCGUCCAUUGCAAUUUUAACAUGACAAUAAUGGGUGGAUCUUCAAAGUAUAUUUUCGCUCAAGAGAGAAAAUCUAAUAAGACAAGCAACAAGCAUGUUUUCUUAUUACUAAUUUUCUUGGAUAAUAAUGUAAAUUUUAUUGUGCCAUUGCAAAAAGCAAAAUGAUUUUAUUUCUGUGCAGAUACAAAAUGAGUAUUCAAAUGUUAUUUUUAUUAUUAGUUGUAACACUGUAGUUAAUGUAAAUAUUGUAUCUAAAGUUACCCAUCAUUUCUUGUAAAUUUAUUUUCAGAUACGUGAAUUGAGCAAUAAUGAGUUUAUAAUAGGAAAACUGUGAAUACUUGGUUGCAAUAAUUAGGUUAAAGGAAUUAUAUUAUUUCUAUCUGUGUAAUAAACUACUUCAC